AUGAAGUUCGCGGAGCAUCUGUCGGCGCACAUAACGCCCGAAUGGCGCAAGCAGUACAUCAACUAUGAGGAAAUGAAGGCCAUGCUUUAUUUGGCCGUCGAGGAGGCACCCUCAGUGGACAGCGUGGAGGAUGAGGUGCUCAAACGGCAUUUCGCUAACUUCGAUGAGAAUUUCUUUCACUAUUGCGACAAGGAACUGAAAAAGAUAAACACUUUCUAUUCGGAAAAGUUGGCGGAGGCAACGCGUAAGUUUGCCACACUCAAUGCGGAGCUAAAGUCCAGCAUUGAGGAGUCCGAACGUACCGCCAAGAAGUCCAAGGGCCAGAAACGACACGCAGCGCUGCCGGAUCGCAAGGCCCGCGAGCUGAAACUGGCCUUCAGCGAGUUCUAUUUGAGUCUUAUUCUGUUGCAGAACUAUCAGAAUCUGAAUCAUACGGGUUUUCGUAAAAUACUCAAAAAGCAUGAUAAGCUGCUGCGCGUGGACAGUGGCGCCAAGUGGCGUCAGGAGUAUGUGGAGGCUUCGCAUUUCUUUAUCAACAAAGACAUCGACAACAUUAUCAAUGAAACGGAAACGACGGUCACGGGAGAGCUGGAGGGCGGCGAUCGACAGCGAGCGAUGAAACGAUUGCGUGUGCCGCCGUUGGGCGAACAGCAGAGCCCGUGGACAACAUUCAAGGUGGGCCUCUUCUCCGGCAGCUUCAUUGUGCUGGGCAUUGUGGUGGUGCUGUCUGCGAUAUUUCACGACAUAACCGGAGAGAAUCUGAAGGUCACAUUUCGCCUGUAUCGCGGCCCGUUGCUGAUCAUUGAGUUUAUCUUUCUGAUUGGCGUUAACAUUUACGGCUGGCGUUCGUCUGGUGUUAAUCAUGUGCUCAUCUUCGAGCUGGAUCCGCGAAAUCAUCUGUCGGAACAGCAUCUCAUGGAGCUGGCGGCCAUAUUUGGCGUCGUCUGGACACUGAGCAUGCUGAGCUUUCUGUACAGCGCCAGCCUGAGCAUACCGGCCUUUAUCAAUCCAUUAACCCUGACGCUCAUUAUGGUGAUAUUUCUGGCCAAUCCGUUUCAUGUGCUGCAUCAUGAUGCACGCUUUUGGCUGUUGCGCAUCACGGGACGCUGCCUGGCGGCGCCGUUCUUUCAUGUGGGCUUUGCCGAUUUCUGGCUGGGCGAUCAGCUGAAUUCCCUGGCCACUGCCAUUUUGGAUUUUGAGUAUCUCAUAUGCUUUUACUUUACUAAUGGCAACUGGUCCGAGGCGGUGGAUGCGUCCAUAUGCAUGGAAAAGGAUUUCAUAGUGCGACCCAUUGUCAAUUGCCUGCCUGCCUGGUUUCGUUUUGCGCAAUGCCUGCGACGUUAUCGCGACACCCGGGAAGCCUUUCCCCAUCUGGUCAAUGCGGGCAAAUACUCAACAACCUUUAUGGUGGUCAUCUUCGCCACGCUGAAGAGCUUCAACAGUCCCAACUAUGCGAGCACCUUUGAUAAUCCAUACACCUGGCUGUGGAUUGUGGCUUCUAUAGUCUCAUCCUGCUAUUCGUACACCUGGGAUAUUAAAAUGGAUUGGGGCUUGUUUGAUAAGAAUGCCGGCGAGAAUACCUUCUUACGCGAGGAGGUCGUCUACUCGUCUACGGGCUUUUAUUACUUUGCCAUAUUGGAGGAUCUGGCGCUGCGUUUCAUCUGGGCGCUGUCCUUUUAUUUGACUGAAAUGAAAAUUGUGAGCGGCGAUAUAAUGACCUCCAUAACGGGCAUUCUGGAAGUCUUUCGUCGCUUCGUUUGGAACUUUUUCCGCUUGGAGAACGAGCAUUUGAACAAUUGCGGUAAAUUCCGUGCCGUGCGAGAUAUCUCAAUAGCGCCGCUAGACUCAUCUGAUCAGACGCUUAUAUUGCGUAUGAUGGAUGAGACGGAUGGUGUGAUCAAUCGGUAUACAAAAACGAACAGACCCAAGCCAAAGAAGAUCAAGGACCCGGAGAAGCGUAGCCUGUUGCAUGCACGCGGCUCGCUACCGGAUCUGAGCAUCGAUAUUGAUGGCAGUAAAAAGCUUUAAGAUGAGUCCCAUGCCCACCUUCUAAAUUUUUUUUUUUUGUGGUCCCCUCAUACCCCAUACACACAACAUCCUAGCUAACGAUUAUUUUCUUAACAUGUUUUUUUUUUUUUUGUCUGUGGCAACUUUACUUAUAUUUGUAGAAUUAUUAAUCGUAUUUUGUUGUUUUUAGUUAAUGUUUACAGCUAGUUACUAAGUACUUAAAGAAGCAUGUUCGUAUACGCCACCCAGAUAACACAUAACAUAUUUAGAGCCUAAGUUGAACUAAACACUAAAUUAUCAUUCCAUGAACGCAUCUAACAAAGGACCAAGGCACCUUGUAAACAAACCCGACCCUAAAUCGAACCUUUAACCGACUCCAAAACCACAAAUUCCCAUCCAUUCCCAUAGAGCGGCAGUAUUACUUAGAAAGUCCUACUAAACAAAAAUAACCGUCGACAACAAAAGCGAAAACAAAAAACAUUGGCAAAUAACCAAUAGCAAAA